UGCUCUGUUUACCAUUCGGCGCAGAUCUCUUGACAAUUUGAGGAAAAUAAUAUAAUAUACAAGAUAACUAAUUCUCUGUUAAAAUGUUUAACUUUUUUAAAAUUAUCCCUUUAAAUAAAUACCUCAAUAAAAAUAAUAAUAUUGUCGCUUACUGCAAUAAUUCGACAUACACUGUUUUUUGCUACGUAGAUGAAGUUCAUAUAUACACGAAGGAUUGGGAAUAUUUUAGUUUGCAGAUGAAAGACGUAAAAUUUUGUUGCAUUCCAGAGGAUUCCGAUUAUCUUAUACUCAUUUGUCAGCAUACAAUUACAUGCAAAACAUUACUUAAAAUAUACUGUAUAUCAAAUCAGUUAAAUCGAACAACUUCUACUUUAAUUAGCAAUUCCAUUCUUGAAUGUAACUCUAAAGUAACUGCUUUAAGUGCAUUAAACACUUCGAAUUCACAAAUAUGUUUAUCUAUUGGUCUAGAAAACGGCAGUGUAUUAUUUUACAAUAACUUUAUAUACAAGGAUAUUCCUUAUAAUACGUUUAAGUACAUUAAUGUUAACGUAAAGCCGAUUAAAGGAAUUAAUUUUUUUAAAUGUCAUAAUGAUAUCAAUAUGUUUGUUUGUUCUGAUGCUGGAGUAUUUUGCUAUGCAAUAUCAAAAAAUAUAGGUCUAAAUGAAACUAGGUUAAUUUUAGAUGAUAUGAAUUCCAACGUACAUUGUAGUAAUUCAAAACAAUCGGUCAAAUUAACUAGAGAACAAUAUUUUGUCGUUGCACGAGAUGAUGGACUGUAUUGUUAUACAGCGGAGGGAAGAGGUCCUUGCUACGCAAUAAAUGGAUUCAAAAAGAUUGUUGAGUGCUUUGGUAAAAGUUUAAUAAUUCUACUGAAAACUAAUGAAACAAUACUUUCAAAGGAGUACUCUACGCAACUAAUAAUUAUCGACAUUGAUAAUAAGAUAAUUGUGCUUAACAAAGAAUUUGAGAAUGUUUUGUGUAUACUGCCUAUAAUUGAUCAGUCUGGAUGCUUGGUUUUACUGAAAAGUGGUCAAAUUUAUUGUUUAAAAGAACAUGAGUUGACUUAUAAAUUAUCUCAUCUAGUUGAAAAAAACUUAUAUGAUGUAGCAUUGAAAAUUUUACAAGAAUCUACAGCAAAUUCUGAUUUAGUUUCCGAAGUUCUUGUUCAUUAUGGAGACCAUUUAUUACAACGUGGUGAUAUUUCAGAAGCAGUUAAGAACUAUUCUAAAACUAUUGGAACGACAUCACCAUUUUUAAUAAUAAAGAAAUUAAUUGAUUUUCGUUAUAAUGAAUACCUUAUACAAUAUUUAUCAGCUUUAGUUCAGACAGAAUUUAAAAUGGCCGAACAUAUUGAACUACUUAAUAAUUGCAUUGAACGUGUUGAGCUUCCCUCAAAUGCUUUUAAUAUUUUUGAAGAAAAGGGUACCAAAAGCCAUGAAAUAUACAUAGAAAAAUCAAUAAGUAGAUCUGAGAAAGAAUACUUGAUUUUGAAAAAUUUACAGCAAAAUGAAUAUAACCGCAUUACAUCUUUCAACGAAUUAAAAAAUUCUGAAGUAUUAGAUUUUUUUUCAGAAUAUGGAUACGGAUUAAUGAAAAAAUAUCCAAAUGAAUUAAAGGAAGUAAUAGACAAUUUAUUAUCAAACCGGUUUCUAAAAAAUUAUAUAUUUCAUAGUAUAAUACUAUCAUUGUCACUUAUAAAUAAAUUAUGCGCUAUAGAUUUUGUAGAUAAAUUGUUUAAGGAUUGCGAAAAACACACAAUAUAUAAUGUUUGGAUUGAAUUGAUAUUACAAAAGUGGGAUAGAGGAAAUAUUAAUUUAAACUUUGUAAUAGAAUUUUUUAAAAUACAUGAAUCAGAAAUAAGCAUUGACAAUGUUUUUAUAUUAUGCCGAAACUACAACUUUUGGCCAGGUAUCAGAAUGAUGUAUGAUAAAUGUAGUAUGGAAAUACUUAGCACAAGAUGCUUAGCUAAUAGUUUUGAGAUGUUUCCUGGAUAUAUGAAAAUAUUUGGUGGUCAAAAAUUAAACCAUCUCUGGAUUCGAACUCUAAGGAAGGAAAAUUUUACUAGAGCAACUUCUCUUAAUUUUGUAGGCGAUAUAGUUAGAAAUAUAAUUAAGACUAAUCCCAACUUUAUUAUAAAUGUUCUACACAGUUUUGUGACCCGAAAUGAUUUUUCGCUAAACCAUUUAAAUGAAAUUCUUUUACAUGAAAACUUUUUUAUACAUUUCAAAUGCGAAGACCUAUGUAACACCGUAAUACUUUUGGAGGCGGAAGUUGAUAAAAUGGAAUUUAUUUUACAUAAUUAUUUAAAACGGCCAAUAGAAUUUCGAAAUAGGUUGUGUGAUAUUUGCAAACAAAUUAUAAAGCUACCUGCAUUGUACUUCUUAUGCCAACAUGCGUAUCAUAGAGAAUGUAUCAAACAAUAUAGUGAAGUAGUAAUUUGUAUUCUAUGUACAGAUAAUAAAAUGUUGAAAAAAAAAAUUAACAAUCGAGAUCAGAUUUAUAAUACUGCUGAUAAUAGUGGUAAUAAAACUAAGAAUACCUUGUUGAUCAAUAUUGCAGAAAAAAUAGGACAACUCGCUUUUAAAUGUGAUAAUAAAAAUUUAUAUACAAAGUGCUUUCAAAAUAAAAAAAAUUUAAAUAUAACAUCCAAUCCAUUCGAUAGUGAAGAGGAAGCAGAAAGUAAUACCCUAAAUGAAUAUGAUGCCAAUUUAAAUCCUUUUACUUAAUCUUGUUUACUUUUACAUAAGUAUGAAUAUAUUUGUAUUAUUUUUAUAUAAUUAGUUUUUGAUAAAAUAAAUGUAAAUAUUACAAAUUA